AUGUCUAACGAACAGUUUUACAAUGAGAAGUUAAUAGUGCAAGUGGUGAAGAUUGGAGUGAAGAUUGGGGUUGAGAAACCCAUGAAAGCGCCCGAGGUGUUGGUGAAAAAGGAGGAGGUACUGAAGGCUAUAAAACAGGUGAUUGAUGGAGGAGAGGAAGGGGAAGAGAGGAAGAAAAGAGCUAAAAAGCUUGGAGAGAUGGCAAAAAUGGCAGUUGAAAAUGGAGGUUCUUCUUGCUCCAACUUGACGUCGUUGAUCCACCUCGUAACAGAAGCUAUAGAGACAAUGAGCAAUUACAGAGAUCAAGUGUGGACAGCAUUCCGAGUAGAUUAUAUCACUGCAUCGUCAUUUCAGAUGUUUAUGGCUUGUUCAGCUAUAAGUUUUACUAUCCAUGGCUGUUUCUCUGCUAUGGAUUCCCCGCGUUGA